AUGAAGUUCUUCUCCGGCCCUGGCUCCACCGCCAGGUUGUUUGCCCACGCCUUUAUUGCGCACCCCGAGCUCCACCACGUGUCGCCUAGCACCGACUUUUCGGCAGCACGCAACGCGACCAGCAGCCUGCUCAGCGACUCAAAAUGGACCCGCAUCGAGAGCAUGUCAGCUCUUCCCAACUACCAGCUGCGCAUCAAGCAGCCCAAGCUCUGCGAAACCAACACCACACAGUACAGUGGAUAUUUGGACACGGAUGAGGACCGUCAUUUUUUCUUCUGGUUCUUUGAGGCACGCAACGCCAAGCGAGAGGAUGCGCCGAUUGUCCUGUGGAUGAAUGGCGGGCCCGGGUGCAGUUCAUUCACGGGAGUGUUUAACUCGAUGGAGGCCGGAAAGGACGUUUACAACUUUUUGCAGCUCUUCUACCAUUCGUUCCCCGAGUACGCCAAGAGCGAGCUCCAUGUAUUUGGCGAGUCCUACGGUGGACAUUACGUCCCGGCUACGGCCAAGGCCAUUCACGAGGCCAACUUGGAUUUCUCCGGCAAAAUGGCCCUGAACCAGCUGUCUGUCAGCGAGAGGGAGAAGCGCGUGCUGCCGCUUACGUCCAUUGGAAUUGGAAAUGGGCUCACCGACCCGUUGAUCCAGUACAAGUAUUACUCGCAAAUGGCGUGCAAUUCGACAUACGAGCCUGUGCUGCGCCAGGACGAGUGCGACAAGAUGGACAGCACUUACGACACAUGCGCUCGGCUCAUCAAUGCCUGCUACAAGUGGAAGAACGCGCUGGCAUGCUAUCCUGCCGAGAUGUACUGCAACCAGAUGCUGAUGACCUACCAGCGCUCCGGAGCCAACCCCUAUGACGUGCGCAUUCCCUGCGAGGGCGGCAACCUUUGCUACCCCAUUAUGGCCGACAUUGACGCCUACCUCAACACACCCGCUGUGCAGCAGGAGCUGGGUUCUGACGUCAGCAAGUUUGAGGCCGGCGACUGGAUGAAGCCCUAUGUGUAUGAGAUUCCACCACUGCUCGAGGCUGGAAUCCGUGUCCUUAUCUAUGCCGGCGACGCUGACUUUAUUUGCAACUGGUAUGGCAACAAGGCGUGGUCCGAGGCCCUCGAGUGGACUGGCAAGGAUGGGUUUGGCCGGGAGGCUGACAGCGACUGGGUUGUGGAUGGUAAGGCUGCUGGUGAGGCACAGAACUCGCUGGAUAUGAUUAACCGCUGGAUGCCUGCAAUGGCCACCUACGCCAGCACGCACAACUCCUACUCCUACGCACCAGCCACUAUUAUCCUAGCCACCAACCAGGAGAAAACAAUCCAACAACAGCUCGACCAAGGUAUCCGAGCAUUCAUGCUCGAUAUUGCCCGCCCCAUCCCGCAAGGAAACUCCAUCUGGGCACAAACCCUGCAAUGGUUCCAAACCACGUUUUCCAUCUCGUCGUCGCCUUCUGCCGUGCACCUAUGCCAUGGUAUGUGUAGUGUCUUGGAUAAAGGACCACUGGAGGAUACACUCAAGGUAUUUGCCAGAUUUAUGGAGGAUAAUCCGAGAGAAGUGGUUACUUUUAUUAUUGAGAACGUCGGAGAGUUUAAAGCUGAGGAGAUUGUGCCUAGUUUUGUCGCUGCGCAGUUGGAGAGGUACGCUUUUGUUCCCUCGUUUGCCCCAAAGCCAGAGAAAGCCGCGUAUGAAUGGCCGACUUUGGCCGAAAUGAUUGAGCGCGACCAGAGACUGGUCGUGUUUAUUGACAACAAGGCGGAUACUGAAAGGGUGCCUUAUAUUUUGCCCGAAUGGGAGUACAUGAUGGAGAUCCCGUAUGCAAAUAUUAGUCCUGUGAGCCAGUUCGGGUGUGAUCAGGAGAGACCCAGAGAUGGGGUACCGCGUGACUUGCUGGUCGUUAACCAUUUCGUGUAUAACCGGCUGACCAUUGGUAAAACCAAUAUUGACUCUCCGCUGAGUGCCUGGCAGAUUAAGGAGCAGGGCUACAAUUCGCUCGAGUCGCUUCUGAAACAUGUAGAUAGCUGCAGGAAUACGUGGGGUGACCGCGUGCCCAACUACAUCGUGCUGGAUUACUACAACAUUGGCAACGAUCGCUGUUCAAGGUUGUCGACCAGAUCAACGGUUUCUAGUAACUCUGCGUAA